AUGGCAACAGCAAUUGAAUCAAAUUUAUGUUCAAUAUGCAAUAAAUCUUCAACUAAAUACUUUUGUAUUGGAUGUAAAAACUACUUUUGUCCGAAAGAUUUUAAAGAACAUGAACAAGAGCUAUCGAUGAAAUUCGAUAAUGAAAUAGUUUUAUCACACGAUGAACUUCUUGAUCAAAUCCAAAGAUUAGAAAAAUCAAAUUAUUCAUCAUGGAAUCUUUUUGAACGAAUUGAACAGUGGAAAAAAGCAACGAUUAACAAAGUAGAACAAGCAGCAGAACAAGCUCAUCAUAAACUUAUCGAACUAAUUGACAAACAACGAACAAGAAUAACAGAACAACUUGAACCAAUUACAACAGAAAUUCGUUGUCGUCGAGAAGAGGAAAAUUUUCUUGAAAAUGAUAUUGAUCGUCUUCAAAACAAAAUCAAUGAAAUUCAACAAAUACUUGAACUAUUUAUUAAAAAAGACACAAAUAAAACAAUCAUUGUUGAUAAUAAUCAAAUUGAUUGGAAUCGACUCAUUCACAUCAGAGAAGAACAACUGAACUCACCAUUACUGAAUAGUGUAAAUCUGAAUACAAACACAAAAUGGAUACAGAAUGCUGUGACGGUAGCUGGAGGAAAUGAAACCGAUAGUGCAUUGAAUCUACUCUCCAGUGCAUAUGGUUUGUGUGUUGAUGAUGAUCAAACUGUCUAUAUUGCGGAUUGCAACAAUCAUUGUAUUGUGGAAUGGGAAUGUGGUGCAACGACUGGUCGAGUUGUGGCCGGUGGAAAUGGAGCAGGAAACCGUCCUGAUCAGUUGAACGGACCCACAAAUGUGAUGAUUGAUAAAGAAAGAGAUAGCUUCAUCAUAUGUGAUUAUAACAAUAAAAGAGUGGUUCGAUGGCCUCGUCAAAAUGGGACAAAUGGAGAAACGAUUAUCUCUAAUGUUGGAUGUAUUGACUUGGCUAUGGACGACAACGGAUUUCUUUAUGUUGCUGAUUACGAUAAACAUGAAGUUAGACGAUAUCGAAUGGGAGAAAAUCGAGGAACAGUUGUAGCAGGGGGAAAUGUAGCAGGAAAUCGUCUUGAUCAGUUGCAUUCUCCGAGAUACAUAUUCAUCGAUCGAGAUCAUUCCGUCUACGUAUCGGAUCACAAUAAUCAUCGUGUGAUGAAGUGGAUGAAAGGUGCGCCACAGGGUAUUGUUGUAGCUGGUGGUCAAGGUUCAGGAAAUAGACUUACGCAAUUGUCAGCUCCUCUCGGAGUUGUCGUGGAUCAGUCAGGUACUAUUUAUGUGGCUGAUUAUUGGAAUCAUAGAAUAAUGCGUUGGUCUCAAGGAGCCACUCAAGGAAGUGUCAUUGUUGGUGGAAAUGGUCAAGGAAGUCAAUCCAAUCAACUCUCUUAUCCCACUGGUUUAUCAUUUGAUCGAGAAGGAAAUCUUUACGUCAGUGAAUUUAAAAAUCAUCGAAUACAAAAGUUCAAUAUUGAUAGAAGUUGA